AUGAGCGAGGAAGAAAUCUUGAGGAAGGCGCUGAAGCCGCCAAAGGUGGAUUCGGCACUGAUUGUGCAGCUGUGCCAGGAGGAGUUUGGAUUGGAAAACGCCACUGUGGAGAAGGAGUUUGAUUCCUACGAUGACAGGAACUACCUCAUCUCCGCAACACGAGGCAGCUUCGUGUUCAAGGUUCACAACGGAGCGGACUCACGGCCGGAGAGGGAGACGUUCCUCGAUGCACAGAAUAAGUUGCUGCUGCACCUGCACAAGAACAAGGUCGCAGCACCAGUGCCGCUGCCGCUCGCCUCAAACCCGAAUCAACACAUCAUCUACAAGGAGCUCCAGCGACCAGAUGGCAAGAAAGUGCGCCAUGGCAUUCGCUUGCUUGCGUAUUUGCCCGGCAAACUGAUGUGCGAGGUUGAACAUACGGACGCCGUCCUGGCCGACCUCGGCGCCUCCCUCGCACGCAUGGACCUUGCCCUUCAAAGCUUCGACCACCCGGGCUGCCACCGCGUGCACCUGUGGGACCUGCAGCACCUGUCGCAGCUGCACGUGUUCCUGCCCCACAUCACAGACGACAGCAAGCGUGCGCUCGCCACCAAGGUGAUGGAGCGAUACGAGGCGCAGGUGCCGCAGCUGGCCAGCGCCUUGCCCUCGUGUGUGCUGCAGAACGAUGCAAACGACCACAACAUCGUGAUGAGCGAGGACGGAAGUGGUGUCUCCGGGUUUCUUGACUUUGGCGACGUCGUUCACUCGUGGCGCAUCAACGAGCUCGCCAUCUGCAUCGCAUACGCGUGCCUUGAGAAGUCGGAUUUGCAGCAUGUGGCGUCAACCAUUGGGCGCGAAUACCAGGCCAUCCUCCCACUCACGCCAGCCGAGCUGUCUCUCCUUCACACCCUCACCGCAGCACGCCUGUGCCAAAGCUGCAUCAUGAGCGCAUACAGCUUCAGCCAGGAUCCAACCAACACGUAUCUGCUCGUUACGGCGGCGCCAGGGUGGCAGGCGUUGCAGGCACUCGUGGAUAUGGACGAUGCCCAGGUCAAGGCGUUCAACUUUGGGCACGCACCGCCAGCAGCAAAACAUGGCAAGCAGGCAUAG